UCCGUGAGUUGCACUGUUUGUUUGUUUGUUUUUAAUCAUUGCCAAAGCUGCGUGGAGUUAAUAGUCAGAGAGUGUUCCGUGCUCUUUAAAAUGAAGCGGAAAAUAAUUCAAUCUGAAAGAAAAGAUCAGUCUGCAGGAAGAUUGCAACAAUCCGAUCGGAAACCUAAGGAUUUAAACGUGCACGCAAGAUCCCAGUGGCAAUGGACUUGGACUAAAAUGGGACUACUUUCUCUCUGCAUCCUCUCUGUAUCAAUACCACUUCUUCUGCAUCUCUUCUCUGACUCUAUUGACCUCAGCCGACCAUCAGAUAUAGGGCUCAAUCACACUAUAAACAUGUACCUCACACCUGAGGAGGGGGUGAGAGUGGGCGUGUGGCACACUGUACCUGAACAUAGAUGGAAGGAGGCGCAGGGGAAAGAUCUAGACUGGUAUGAGAAAGCUCUGGGGGACGGAUCGCCCAUUUUCAUCUACCUCCAUGGCAAUGGGGGUAACAGGGGAGCUCAUUUCAGACUUGAACUUCUGUAUAUGAUUUCUCUAUUGCUUACUCCAAUACAUUCAAACAUGUCAGGUUUUGGGGACUCCACUGGUGAGCCUACAGAGGCCGGUAUGACUUCUGAUGCUGUGUACUUGUACCACUGGGUUAAGGCACGUAGUGGAAACAGCCCGGUGUGUGUGUGGGGUCACUCGAUUGGUAGUGGUGUUACGACUAACACUGCAGUGAAAUUACUGGAGCAAGGAAAACAGUUUGAUGGAAUUAUACUUGAGGGUGCAUUCGUAACCGGACGGAGGGCAAGAGAUCAACCUAUUGAACACCCUUUUACAUGGUUUUAUUGGAAGUUCCCAUACAUUCAAUUCUUCCUUUUCAAUCCACUUAAAAACAACAUUUUCGUCUUUCCAACCAAUGAGAAUUUGCAGAAACUUAGAACUCCCCUCAUGAUUCUCCAUGCUGAAGAUGACCAUAUAGUGCCCUUUGCCUCAGCUCAAGAGAUCUACAGAAUUGCAAAAAAGGCCCAGAAUUCGGAUAAGCGGGUCAAACUGGUACCAUUUGAUGGAGCGCUUGGAUACCUUCAUAAUGGGCUGUAUAAAGACCCUGGUUUGCCAAAUAUCAUAAGGGAGUUUGUGCAGUCAUUGAUGACAUGAGAUACACACACACAGGAGGAGGAGGAUUUGCACCAACUAAUAGCCAGCUGUUUCAUAUAAUUGGUGUUGUAACUGUCAAUUUACAGUAUGCCCUUCUAGGAUAAAACAUUGUAAUUGUAAAGUAUUUUUUCAGAAUUCCACCAAUUAGAGUGAAUUUUAUUGUCUUGUUAAUAUUUGUAAAAAAAAAUUUCAAGACUUUUAUACAAUAAAAAUUGUGAUUUUUUUUUCUGAGUUUGUAUUACAGUGUUGGUCACAGUGUUAACACUUACAAUGUAUCUCUGACAGACAUCAAACUAUCACCCAUUUUACGACUGAAUGGUGGUUUGUUUCCUCAGAGACAUCAGCAGCAUGAAGUGAUUAAAAUAGGAACUCUUCAAAUAUAUUAUAAAGGUUCAUCUUUUUUUUUCUUAAAUUUCUCAUCAAUAUGCAGAAAAGGUAGCUGG